GGCCGGGGGGCUCCGGGGCUGUCGCAGCUGGCGCUGGGGAUGGCGAGGGUCGGGGUUCUUUGGGUGUUUGCAGCAUCCCGUUAGUCGCGGGAUGCUGGGCUGGGUGUGCUCGGCAUUCCCGCAGGUCGGAGCCCCCCGGGAUGCCCCUCUUUGGGCCCUUCUCUUCCGCAGGGGCGGCUCCUCCACCGCGUUCUGCCCUAAAACGGAGCGAGCCUGUCCCGGCGCUGCCCGCCUUUCCCUGGCAGCAGGGCCGAGCUGAGGUCCGGUUUUUCCCCCCUGGGUGUAUCCGGCUCAGCCCGGCUUUGGGAGAACCCCCCGGGAGGGAUUUUGGCAGCGGGCAGAGCUGCGUGCCUUGGCACGGGCCGAGGGAGCGGGACCGGGGCUACCGGGAGCGCUCGGCUGGGACGUGCGGCCAGCCGGGACAAACCUUUGGCACGGUGGGCUCUGUGCCAGCACCUGUGGGAGCCUGGGUGUCCCUGUAGCCCAGGAGGACCCACCUGGAAGGGUGGAUUUGGGAUGGGGAGGCAGAGGAAGGGGCUGGGCUCGCUGGGGGAUGCUGAGGAGGCAGAGGUGCCUCGGGUCCCUCCAGCCAGCAGAGUGUUCCCAGCAUUGCUCUGGGUGGGCUCCUUCCCUCGUUUUGGGAAGAGAGGGGUUAAGUCCAAGCAUCCGAGCUAAGCCCUGGCAGGAGGAGGCUCAAAGCUCCCAGAGAACAAAGCUCCCAGAGUGGUGGGGUCCCCGAGGUGCUGCGGAGCUGGAGAGCCCCCGGGAGCCGUGUCCUGGCAGCGCCCCUCGCAUCCCAGAGGCACCAUGAUCCCCACCGGGGGCCCCCGGCGCUGCUGCCUGCUGCUGCUGCUGCUGCUGCUCUGCCUCCUGCCCUGCCCGCGGGUCCGGGCGGGCCGGGACAGCGCCGGGGUGUCCGCGGCCUCCUUCCUGCAGGACCUGCUCCAGCGCUACGGGGAGAGCCAGACCCUGAGCCUGAAGCAGCUCAAGGCCCUGCUGAACCGCCUGGACGUGGGAGUGGGACACGCCAACGUGUCCCAGACACCUCAGCAGCGCCUCAACCUCUCCCGGUGCUUCAGCUCCGUGGAGCUUUUUGCCAUCCACAACCUGAGCGAGGGCUCCCCUGUGGGGCACAGCGAGUUCAAGGAGUUCUGCCCCACCAUCCUGCAGCAGCUGGAGUCGGGGGCGUGCGCCUCCGAGAACCUGGAGAACGAGGAGAAUGAGCAGACAGAGGAGGGCAGGCCCAGCUCAGCCGAAGUCUGGGGUUACGGUUUCCUCUGCGUCUCCGUCAUCUCCCUGUGCUCGCUGGUGGGAGCCAGCGUGGUGCCCUUCAUGAAGAAGACCUUUUACAAGCGGCUGCUCCUCUACUUCAUAGCUCUGGCGAUUGGAACUCUCUACUCCAACGCCCUCUUCCAGCUCAUUCCCGAGGCGUUUGGCUUCAACCCUCAGGAGGAUUAUUACGUGUCCAAAUCCGCUGUGGUGUUCGGGGGCUUCUACCUCUUCUUCUUCACGGAGAAGAUCCUGAAGAUGCUCCUGAAGCAGAAGGACCAGCACCACCACGGGCACAGCCACUACGGCCCCGAGGCUCUGCCCUCCAAGAAGGACCGGGAGGAGGGGGUGACAGAGAAGCUGCAGAACGGGGACCUGGACCACAUGAUCCCCCACAUCACCAGCGAGCUGGAGUGCAAGCCCCCCUCCGGGGAUGAGAAGGCCGUGGUGGGCUCCCUCUCUGUCCAGGACCUGCAGGCCUCGCAGAGCGCGUGCUACUGGCUGAAGGAGGUGAGGUACUCGGACAUCGGGACGCUGGCCUGGAUGAUCACCCUCAGUGACGGCCUCCACAACUUCAUCGACGGCCUGGCCAUCGGCGCCUCCUUCACCGUCUCCGUCUUCCAGGGGAUCAGCACCUCCGUGGCCAUUCUCUGCGAGGAGUUCCCCCACGAGCUGGGGGACUUUGUGAUCCUGCUGAAUGCUGGCAUGACCAUUCGCCAGGCGCUCUUCUUCAACUUCAUCUCCGCCUGCUGCUGCUACGUGGGGCUGGCCUUCGGCAUCGUGGCCGGCAGCCACUUCUCUGCCAACUGGAUCUUUGCUCUGGCUGGAGGGAUGUUCCUGUACAUAGCACUGGCUGACAUGUUCCCUGAGAUGAACGAGGUGAGCCGGGAGGACGAGCAGAACGGCAGCGCCCUGAUCACCUUCGCCAUCCAGAACGCAGGGCUGCUCACGGGCUUCACCAUCAUGGUGCUGCUCACCAUGUACUCGGGGCAGAUCCAGAUAGGGUAGGACCAGCCUGAGCUGCAGCCCUGAUCCAAUUUUUCCAUGGGGUUUUUUUUUGGGGGGGGGGAAAGGGUUUUUUCUUUUUUUUUCUUUUUUUCUUUUCCUGCUGCAAACAUACGACGGUACCUGUGCGGGCACUGACGUCACACUACAGGAGAGACAUUGCUUUGAAAGCUAUUCCAUGGAUUUCUUUUCUGGUUUAAGGCUGAGGGGAGUGGAAUGCCCCUUCCUAUAGGACUGACCUGACUUUUUCCAGUGUCGUAUCCCUUCUCUCCUCGCCUCUCCCAGGAAGGCUGGAAUGGGGAGACAGGAGCUGCUCCAGCCGUGCUGCUCCUCUCGUUGUGCUCGGAGCAUUCCCAGGGCGCUGUCCUGACCCCUCUGGGGGUGUGUGAUGGGGACAGAUGGGGACAGACCCUUCCCAGGGCGUUCCUCACAGCCCUCAGAGCUGUGCUCUCAGAGGAGGAGGAGGAGGUUCACGGUGUCACCAUCACCCGACUGCUUCCGCUUCGUUUCAGCCCGGACGCUGCCCUGGCAGGAGCGGGGUGAAGAGGGCAGGGGUUUUAAAGCACAUUUUGGGUGUCAGUGCUCAGAGCAGAGGACACCAAACUGUGCUGGAGUGUCCCUUGGGCUGCUGGGAGAAGGCUGCCAGGAUGCCCUGACCCCCCUUCGGUCCUUGCUGCUGGAACUGGGGACAGAUCCCAACUCUGUGAGGGCUGGUGAGAAGAGGAUGAGAGCAGAGCCCUGCCUGGCCGCAGGCUCCAGCCCAGGGAUUUCUGGUGACACCUGGGAACAGCCACCAGCGUUUAAACAGUGCUGAGGUUCAGGGUGGGGUGGGGGUUCUUUUUAAAAGCAAAACUCAGACUGUGAACCUCUUGAGGUUGCGUGUUCCCAGCCUUAGGGAGUAGCCAGAGGAGGGUGUUCCAGGCACUUCCCAGCUCUGCCUCCGGGCUGGCGUUCCCCAGAUUCACUAGGUGAAUUACUUAUUAUCAUAUUGAUAAGGUUGCCCACCCCACCCGUGUUGCUUGAGGUUCCCUCGCACCCCUGUUGCCCCCUCGUCCCGUACCUGCUGUGAGCUGGUGGCUGUGUGGAUUCAGGGGGAUCCCUCGUGGUUUGGGGCUGGAUUGGGAUGGAGGAGAGGUGCAGGUGCUUUGGCAGUGUUUGUGAAGUGUCCUCCUCCACUCCCCACCUGUGCAGGUGUGUGGGAUGUGCCAGGGUGGUGGCCCACGGUGGCACCGUGCUGGAGCUGAGGCUGCCACACCUUCCCUGAGGAAAGCAAACCUGAGGCUGUGCCAGGUGUUUUUCCUGCCCGUUAUUCCAGGUGUUUUUCCUGCCCGUUGCAGGACAGAGGGACUCAGGCUCAGCACCCCUGGCAGUGCUGUGCCCUGGCUGGAUCGCUGGAAUCCCUGAAUUCCCGUAGUUCCCAGCUGGGUGAUGUUCUUCCUAAGCUCCCAGCAGCUGUCACCGAGCCCGUGGCCUCUGGCACUGCCAGGAUCCAUCACCUGCACUCUCGGUGGCUUUUCUAGUCUGGGCAUUUGUCCCCUCAGCACCCCCUGGCUCUUGGCUUUCUCCUGCCCCCCAAAACCUAAAUACCAACUUCUGGAGGAGCAGGGAGCCUUUCUGGGAUCACCCGAAGGUGCUGCAUGGUCCUGGGGUGAUCCCCUCAAAGAGAUGCGGGCUCUGCUUUGUCCCGUGUGGUGUCUCUUGUGGAUUGUCACCAUAAGUCACUUUUCCCUCUGGGACAGAACAGUGCUGGCUCGGGCAGUCCCUGUGCUGCUGAUUCCAGGACCAGAGUGGCACUGGAAACACUUUUUCCUUGCUUGAGAGAGCCGCAGCCCCGGCUGACUGACUCGAUGUGGAAAAUGUGAGUCCUUUCACUGGCACAGGUGCCCUCUCCUCUCCUCUCUCUCAAGGAAGCACUGGGAAAACACCACGUGGCUGGCAGGGCACAGGGCACGGGAACCGCAUCCCAGCUGGAAAAACCUACGGGGGAGAAAUCGCGGGGUUUGUCCCCUCUGGGCUGUGCCUGGGAGGUCCCCAAGAGCUGGGAAGUGGCAGAGAGCAGGGCUUGGCUUUCGUUCCGAGUUUAUCCCUGUCUCCUGAGGAAUCUGCAGGAGGUUUGGGGUGUGGGGAGGGUGAGGAGCGAGGCUGCCCUGCUGCCAAGCAGAGCUGCUGUUCCCGGCUGGGCAGGCUGGCACUGCCAGGGGGACAGGGCUGGGAACCCACCCCGAUCGGGCUCCUCGUGGAUCCUCACCCGGCUGGAAGCUCAAGUUCCAUCUCAGUAUUUCAAUUACAACUCAGGUGUUGUAGGAGAGAACGCGCCGAAGCGAAAGAGCGUUAACUUAAAUGUCACGUGAAUUGUACAGAUAUUUGUAAAAUUCCAUAAAUAAAAUAUAUUCUGUAAUGACGGCGGGGUGCUCCGGGCGGUGAAAUCCUCCGUGCUGCUGGCUCAGGAUUUUUCCGAGGGGCAGGACUGGGUGAUGCAAUCCCGCUUUUUCCAGCUGGAUUCCCGGGCUGUGCAGUGCAGCCCCGCUGACGGAAGGUGGCACUGACAACCCCCAGCCUGCCCGCAUGGCACGGCCUUUGCGGCUACAAAAACCCUGCCUUAAUUAAAUAUCUUUUAUUUUUAAUUUUUUUUUAAUUCAUCUGAAAUGUAUUUCCAAGCCCUGCUUUGGCUGGGAGGUGUGGGAUUCCUCUCCAGCUCACACUCCU